AUGGCCUCUAGCAGCAUCCAACGAUUGAAUUAUGGUCCAAGCUUGAGUGAUUUUGUCAAACCAACCGUCUCCGUGAACUCAGAUGAUAUCGCCGAGUUCGCUCUCCCACCUAAGGAAACAACGAAUGCACGUCUGCGAUUACCUACUUGGCUCAAGACGGAAAUUCCACACGGGAAACAGAUCUCAAAAAUGUCGAAUGACCUCAGAAAGUUGAAAUUGCAUACGGUAUGUGAAGAGGCUCGUUGUCCGAACCUUGGCGAUUGUUGGAAAGGUGGGAAGGAUAGUGUUCCCACUGCAACCAUUAUGAUUAUGGGGGACACUUGUACCCGGGGGUGCCGGUUUUGUUCAGUGAAGACUUCUCCAAAUCCUCCUCCUUUAGACCCAAAGGAGCCAGAAAAUACCGCAGAUGCUGUUAGUCAGUGGGGUGUUGAGUAUAUUGUGAUCACCUCUGUGGACCGUGACGAUCUUCCCGACGGAGGAGCUUCCCACUUAGCCGAAACAGUGAAACAAAUCAAGAAAAAAUCAUCCUCAGUCAUUAUCGAAUGUCUUUUGCCAGACUUCAGAGGAAAUAUUAGCUCCAUCACCCAAAUGGUUGACAGCGGCCUGGAUGUGUAUGCACACAAUAUUGAGACGGUGGAAUCACUCCAAAAAGUCGUUCGUGACCAUAGGGCGGGCUACCGUCAAUCUCUAGCUGUGCUAGAGCAUGCAAAGAAAUAUGAUCUCCAGCGCCCAACCAACGAGGGAGCCGGUCACCUAGUAACUAAAUCAAGCAUCAUGCUUGGUCUGGGGGAGACUGACGAGGAAGUCCACAGGGCUCUCUCCGAUCUCCGAGUUGCCGGUGUUGAUUGCGUGACUCUUGGACAGUACAUCCAACCCACACGAAGGCACCUCAAGGUGCGCGAGUAUGUUCAUCCAAACAAGUUUGCUUACUGGGCUGAGGUGGGAAAGUCUCUGGGUUUCUUGUACGUUGCAAGCGGCCCUUUAGUGCGUUCUUCGUAUCGAGCCGGAGAAUACUACAUCAAACACAUCAUCAAUAGCAAACAGAGAAAACGGGCGUAG